CGUGCUGUGCCUUCUUCUCUCACAAGAAGCACUUGCAGCGCGCCAUGGAGGGAUCUCACUGAGGUCUCAACACAUGGCCCUCCUCCACUGGAAAGCUACACUUGCAAGCCCACCACUGCGGAUGAGCUUGUGGCAGGAAAACACCAGCCCCUGCAACUGGACGGGCAUCAUGUGCGCGGCUGUUCGCCAUGGCCACCGCAUGCCCUGGGUGGUGGCCAACAUCUCCCUGCCGGAUGCUGGCAUCCAUGGCCAUCUUGGUGAGCUCAACUUCUCGGCUCUUCCAUUCCUCGCAUAUAUAGACCUCAGCGGCAACAGUCUUCAUGGUCCAAUACCAGCUAGUAUCAGCUCUCUAUCAGCACUUUUAGAACUUUACCUUACCUACAACCAGCUCACAGGGAAAAUUCCCCAUGAGAUUGGUGCCCUGCAAAGUCUCAGGGUGCUUGAGCUCUCAUUCAACAGACUCAUGGGACAUAUCCCUGCGUCUCUUGGCAACCUAACAAUGUUAACUGAUCUUAUCAUUCACCAAAACAUGGUCUGA